AUGCCGUCUUCGCGACACGGCAUUCUCGACGGCACAGGUUGGGAUGAUGUCAAACAAAACCCCAGUCCAGAAUUGGCACUCUCGGAAGAUUGGAAGCCAGCAAAGCCUGUCCAAAGAUACACGCCGAUAAUGAAGUGGAUCAAGUGGCCUUUCUGGUCCAAUUCGCCACACGCGCCGAAGUUGCGUCCGACAGCCUACCUAGACGGGCUGCGAGGCUUCGCGGCCUUGUUGGUGUAUUGGCAUCACCAUGAGCUAUGGGUUCACGACAUGGAGAGCGCAUUUGCGAAUGGAUUUGGGUACGAGGGCAACUACUAUUUGGUCUCCUUCCAUGGCAUCAGGCACUUCUUCACUGGUGGUCACUACGCCGUGUCGACCUUCUUUAUCAUUUCGGGUUAUGUGCUGUCCAUACAGCCUUUGACUUUAAUCCAGGCCGGAAACUACGUCAAGUUAGGCGACGUCCUGGCGGCGGCACUUUUUAAGCGCUGGUUCCGGCUCUACCUCCCGCUCAUCGUCACUCUCCUACUUUACGCAACGGCGUGGCACGCAUUUGGGAUCUGGGUGCGCGGAACGACUCAACAGAGUAGCUUAGGGGACGAGCUAUGGGAACUCUAUAUUGAGUUUAAAAACUUCAGCUUCGUCUUCAAGGAAGGCGGGAAUCCUUGGCUCAGCUACAAUUUCCAUCUGUGGUCCAUACCAGUCGAGCUUAGGGGCUCAAUCGUCAUCUAUACCUCACUUAUGGCCUUCUCCCGCUGCUCACGCACAGCUCGCCUCUGGUGCGAGACUGGACUCAUUUACUACUUCAUGUACAUCGCCGACGGCUGGUACUGCGCCAUGUUCGCCGCCGGAAUGCUACUUUGCGAUUUAGACCUGCUUGCGAAGAGGGGCGAGCUGCCGCGUUUCCUACGACGACUUGAGCCGGGCAAAGAUGUCAUCUACUACCACCUGCUCGUUAUCAGUUUAUUCUUGGGCGGGGUGCCUUCCGAGAACCGCGACGUCAACCAACUUGCAAAGAACCGUGGUUGGUACUAUCUGUCCUAUCUUAAGCCACAGGCUGUCUUUGACUACAAAUGGUUCUAUCUAUUCUGGGCCUCAUUAUUCUUGGUUGCGUCAGUCCGCCACAUCCACUGGUUGAAGAAAUUCUUCGAGACAAGAUUCUGUCAGUUCUUUGGGCGGAUUUCCUUUGGUCUGUACAUCAUCCACGGCCCAGUUCUCUGGACCUUGGGAGACCGGCUCUAUUUUGCCACAGGAUGGCAGACGGAGGAGCAACUGCAGCACAUCCCGCAAUGGUCUAACAAGUUCUCGCUCCCGAAGGCAGGGCCUUUAGGUCUAGAAAUUUCCUUUCUUGUCCCGCACAUCAUUUUACUUCCAGUCACUUGCUGCUUAGCAGAAAUGACGACCAGGGCUAUUGACACACCUAGUGUCAAGUUUGCAGCUUGGGUAUACAAGAAGACACUGAGAAGUUCACCUCCUCUACGUGCAAAAGAAUAA